GGCAGUGGGCCAAAGCCCGGCCUGCUAUAAAAGGGAGCGGACACUGAGCCCUGCACAUCUUCUGCCAACUCAGUUUCAGGGAGACCUGGUGGGUCAGACUCUUAGGCACCAUGCUGACAGAACUGGAGAGUGCCAUGAACUGCCUCAUUGACGUUUACCACAAGUACUCCCUGGAGAAGGGGAACUACCAUGCCCUCUACAGGGAUGACUUGAAGAAAUUGUUAGAGACAGAAUGCCCUCGGUACCUGAAGAAAAAGGAUGCAGAUACCUGGUUCAAAGAGUUGGAUAUCAAUAGUGAUGGCGCAAUUAACUUCGAGGAGUACCUCAUACUCGUGAUAAAGGUGGGCGUGGCCAGCCACGAAGACAUUCACCAGGAGUAGCAGAGCCCUGGGCCCUGGGGCUGUCCCUGCCAAAUAAUAAAGUCGUUGUUGAUACCUCA